AUGACGAUGAAGGGACACGCCCGACAGCUGGGACGGAUACCACUCCCACCCACCCAGACAGAAACCAGCUCUGCUCACGGUGCCAAACCCACCGCCGCAGCCACUCGGCCCAGCAGAUGCGGUGCCAACCGACAGUCGCCAAUGGGCAAACCGCGUGAAGCCACCCGGCUCCACCACCAAGAUCAACAGCCCCUCGAUCCUACCCACCCUCCCGGCCGGACGGUGACGUAUCGAGUGGUCCAGGUUUCGGAUAACCAGCUGGAUGGACAGAGCGAUGGCUCGGGCGCAGUCAGCGUUGUCUCGUCGACGGCCUUCACUGGAGGGCAACAGGCCGUGGCUCAGGCGGUGAUCCAGAAUCCGUUCAGUAAUGGCGGGAGCCCCUCGACAGACUCGGUGGGCGGAGAGACGCGUUUUGCCUAUUUCCCAGCGUCGGCGGUGGGAGAGGCGACGACAGCCGUGGUCUCGGCCCAGGCUGACCCCUCGUUAGCGCAAGGCGGAGGUCAGUUCUAUGUGAUGAUGACACCGCAGGACGUGCUGCAGACUGGGACACAGCGAACGAUCGCUCCGCGCACACACCCGUACUCACCGAAAGAAGACCCAGACCUCAGCAACAUGAAGAUAGACGGACCACGGACCCCACGAGACGAGCGGCGGAGAGCACAGCACAACGAAGUUGAGAGACGUCGCCGGGACAAGAUUAACAACUGGAUUGUGCAGCUCUCCAAGAUCAUCCCAGACUGUAACGCAGACAACACAAAAACCGGACAGAGUAAGGGUGGAAUCUUAUCGAAGGCCUGUGAUUAUAUCCGAGAACUUCGACAGACAAACCAGCGGAUGCAGGAGAGUUUUAAAGACACAGAGCGAUUGCAACUAGACAAUGAGUUGUUACGUCAACAGAUCGAUGAGUUGAAAAAUGAGAAUGCACUUCUCCGGGCACAGUUACAGCAGCGAGGCAUUGAGCUGGUGGGAGAGGUACCAGGACAGUAAUGCCCACACACCCAUCUCCAACCCUGUGGAGGAAUCCAACAAAUGCUUUUCUUUUAUCUUGCUCACGUUUUUUUUUUUCCACGAGAGGGAUCGGCCGUCGUUGCUUCCGGAUUUUUUCUUUUCGUAGUUUU